AUGUCAUCAAAAUAUUCCACUGGAAGAAAAGAUGGGCGAAUCGGAUCUUGGUUGAGGCGCAUUAUAAAUGGUUCCCAUACACAGAAUGAAAAAUGUGAACUUAUUCCGUUUUCUGAAAAAGAAAUUGAAUGUCCAGUUUGUCUAUCCCCUGCUGAGGACCCCUUACAGUUAAGUUCAUGUGGCCAUUGUGCUUGUGCAGCAUGUUGGAGGAAUUUCAUCUCUAGUCAGAUCGAAAGUUUUGCACUUGCACAUCUCACAUGCGUAGCAUGUUCCGAACUGUUACAGCCAUCAACAAUUAUCCAUCUUCUAUCUGCUGUUUCCAAUCGCCAUGAGUCUUCAGAGGAUAGCUUAAAAGAAAAUCAGUAUGCUCGCAGUUUAUCUCGGUAUGAAGAGUUUUUACUCCGAAAGGCACUGUCACGUGAACCGGAAGCAAGAUGGUGCCCUAGAGGUUGUGGAUAUGGAUUGAUUGCAUACUCCUUUCAGGCCUGUCCACGAAUUGUCUGCCCCCACCCUCUGUGUGAAGGCCGUUCAUUUUGUUACAAAUGUCGAAGACCUUGGACUUCUGGUGAUACAAGUGAAAGUUCUUCAGAUCAAAAUAAUGUUACCCAUGUCUGCCCAUCUGAGCAGGAUUUACGUAGUAAUGCUCUAGAUAAUCUGCGCGCCUUUUUUGGUAUUCGACACCUUAAUAGUCAAAUGCCUGGUCUAAAUACCAUUCCUAAUGGUUCUCAGCAGAAGAUUUCUGAAAUGAGUGUAAGUCCUUCAACCGCUACAAAGGAGAAGCGUUAUCGUGUAUCCAAAACACUUCGCAGUUCUACUGAUUACACGAAAGGUGCUCGAUUAUCUAUGGAGGAAUUAGUUGGAGAUACUGAUUCUGGAAAUGUUGGUACCAAUACUCCCAAUCUAGAAGAAAAGCAUUCAUCCUCUGAUUCUGAUGUGACUAACUCCUUUGAAUCGUCUAAAACUGAGAGACGCGCUUCCGUGGAACUCAAUGAACCAGGCUCUGCAGUUAAGCCUUGUCCUAAUUGCAAAACUCUUAUACAAAAAUUAAACGAUGGAAGUUGUAAUUCUAUGGUUUGCUCAAUUUGUAAUUAUGAGUUUUGUUGGUUAUGCUUACGUGAAACAACAGCUACGCAUUAUCUGAAUUUUUCCGGUUGUACUGUAUUGGGUCGUAGUCAGUGGUCUAAACUUCGUCGUGUUGUGACUGUUUGUGGUAUUAUGCUGAGUACACCUAUUCUACUUCCACUUGCAAUUGUUUUAGCACUGCCUGCUAUAUCCGUUUGGUUCACCUUCUCCAUGGCCAGACAGGCUAAUCGAGUGUUACAAUCAAAAUCCAAACAUUUACGACGGUUUGUCGUAUUCUGGGUUGUCGUCGCUGGUCUUAUUUUGUAUCCAGUAUUAACAGCAUUUACCUUCAGUCUGCUUAUUCCAAUCCUUUUGGGCUACGUGUACUUGUAUCUCCCAAUAAGUUUAUUGUGCUCACUCCUACGACAUGAAAAUGGAGUCCAGUUGGAGCCGACAGAAUUAGAGAGGCUCCAGUCAGUGAGUCCCAUUCUUGUGAAGGAAUUCGGGACGAAGAAUGCAGAUAUUAAAUUGACGGAUGAAAAUCAUAAUGAAUCAGAAACUGUUGUGGUAGUAAACGAAACAGUAUCCAUGGAUUGA